GAUGGCUGCGGACACGCAGGGCACGGAGGGCACGCAGAGACGGAGUUGGGGGCUCUCGGUUCGGCCCAGUGGGGAAGGCUGCGCAAUCUGGGGUCAGGACGUGUGUGAUUUGCAAGAUGGGUGCUGAGCACCCUAUAAAUAUCGAGAGGGAUCCCGCCCUCAGGGAACCAUGUUGGUGUAUUUUGGCUUGUGUUGACGGUUUGAGAGUUUGAUUGUGAACCAAUUGAGCCAAUUGCAAACGAUCAGUCCUUGCAAGCCGCCGAAAGACACACACCCACGACACACUCGACACCACACUAUUAACACAAACAAGCAACGAUGCCAGCUAGAUUAUUUGUCACCUCUCUUGAUGACGUCCAAGUUUUGGGCGAAGUGUCCGACAAGCCACUACUCUCGGAAGCCACACCAAAGGACAUCCUCACUGUGGACGCGUUGAAGUUUGUGGUGAUGUUGCACAGAGCGUUCAACGAGAAGAGAAAGGAGCUCUUGGUCAACAGACAGAAGGUCCAGGAGGAAUUGGACGCUGGUGGGUCUUUGCACUUUCUCAAGGAGACGGAAUACAUCAGAAACGACCCUAACUGGAGAUGUGCACCAAACCACCCUAAGUUGAUGAGCAGAAAGGUCGAGAUCACCGGUCCUCCAGACGCCAAGAUGAUUGUCAACGCCUUCAACACCGACGUCCACACGUACAUGACCGAUUUCGAGGACUCGUGCGCCCCAACCUGGUCCAACAUGCUCUACGGUCAAGUCAACCUUUACGACGGUAUCAGAGACAAGAUUGACUUCACCAACGAACAGACCGGCAAGCGCUACAAGAUCAACAGAGAAGGCAGAAGAGUCCCAGUCAUGAUUGUCAGACCAAGAGGUUGGCACAUGGUUGAUAGCCACAUUACUGUCGCUGGCGAGCCAAUAUCCGCCUCCAUCUUGGACUUUGGUUUGUUUUUCUUCCACAACGCCAAGUACUUGAUUUCCCAAGGCUUGGGUCCUUUCUUCUACUUGCCAAAGAUGGAGCACUGGUUGGAGGCCAACCUUUGGAACGACAUCUUCUGUGUUGCUCAAGACAGUCUUGAGAUCCCAAGAGGUACCAUCAAGGCUACCGUCUUGAUUGAAACCUUGCCAAUCUCCUUCCAAUUAGAUGAAGUCUUGUAUGCUUUGAAGGAUCACUCUGCAGGUUUGAACUGUGGUAGAUGGGAUUACAUGUUCUCCACCAUCAAGAGAUUGAGAAACCAAAAAGAACACAUUUUGCCAGAUAGACAACAAGUCACCAUGUCUGUUCCAUUCAUGACCAACUACGUCAAGCAAUUGAUCAAGACCUGUCACAAGAGAGGUGUCCAUGCCAUGGGUGGUAUGGCUGCCCUCAUCCCAAUCAAGGAUGACCCAGCUGCUAACGCAGUUGCUUUGGAAGCCGUUGGAAAAGAUAAGUUGAGAGAAGUUCUUGCUGGCCACGAUGGUACCUGGAUCGCUCACCCAGGUCUAUUGGAAACUGCUCUUAAUGUUUUCGAAACUCACAUGCCAACUCCAAAUCAAAUCUUUGUUCAAAAGACUGAUGUUGUCACCGAGGCAGAAUUGGUUGACACCAACAUUAAAGGUGGUGAAAUCACCACCAAGGGUUUGAACGCCAAUGUCUACAUUGGCUUAAACUACAUGGAAUCCUGGUUGAGAGGGCUUGGUUGUGUUCCAAUCAACCACUUGAUGGAAGAUGCUGCUACUGCAGAAGUCGCCAGAUUACAAUUAUGGUCUUGGUGUAAGCAUCAAGUCACUUUACAAGAUACCGGUAAGACUGUCACUCCAGAAUACGUUUCUCAAUUAAUUGACGACGAGGUUGCCAAGUGCGCCUCCAAGCCAGGCAACAAGUACGCCAUUGCGGCUAAAGCUUUGAAGGACGAAUUGACCGGUGCCAAGCCUUUGGCUGAGUUCCUCACCGAUAUCUUGUAUCCUUACAUUGCUACUCCAGGUAGCCCAAUUGAUUUGGCUACUUUGAAAAAAUAAACGGAACGGAUUAACAACAUUGGGUUUUCUUUUUUAAGCUUCUAUUUUCUCUCCUCUUUAUUUAUUUCAACAACCAUAUAAUUACAUAUACGUACAGGUAACGAUGCAAAUUAUAUUUAAAUGCAUGGAUUCUAACUUCUGUACAUGCAUGCACAUCUAAACACGAUUUUAUUAAAAAGACUUCUUU